GGCUCAUGCCACUAUCUCCAAUCCAAUAUGGGACACUUCAAUACAUCAAAUCUCUAGCUUUUAGUUAUACUUGAUGAUAUUCCGAAUCUAUUUUGUGAAAUGAAAGUCCCUACUUCUUUCCUCAAAAGAAAAAAAGAAAAGAAACUAUAUUAAAAAUUAAUAUAGGGUAAACUUUGGCCCAACCUUUGAGCGUUGUCUCCUCCUUUAUUUUAUAUAUCCAAUAAAGUUUCCACUAAUUCACACUAAUCAAAUGCUAGCUGUAAAAAGAGACACUAAACUUCCACUAAUAGAGGUAUAUUGAAUAGAAUAUAUUGUUAGAUUUUGAGAAAAUAAAGAAUCACAGUCUCAUCUUCUUCCUCUCAUAUUCUGCUUUCCUCUGCAACUCCGAAGCAAUAAUACAACCCAUGGCAGCUGCUUAUGCAACUCUGGUUUCUGCUAUGAAUAUCAUAAACAACCUUCACCAUCAUCCCCGCCCUCCUAUUUCUCUCCCCAUUCAACAAGUUGAGUCUCUCACUCAAAAGAUUAAUUUCCUGCUCGAAUUUCUCGAGGGCUAUAACCCCCAUCGUGCCUACUCCAAACAAGCGGAUCCAUUGGAGUCUCGCAUUGCAGAUGCAGCUUAUGCGGCCGAAUACGCCAUCGAAUCUCAAAUUUUAAAACACUACACAAAUAAUGGAGAAAAUAUGAGUUAUGAUGGCUUGUAUGAAGCUCUCAAGAAGGUGAUAGAAGACAUUGCUUCUAUCGAAGAGGAGGCCAAGCGGAUUCAAGGGAGAGUUGGAUUCCAACAUCAGCUGCACACAAAGUCAACGCCUUCGGAUUCAUCGAGUUCUUCUUCGAUCCCACAGCAGAGUAGCAUGGUGGGUGCUGAGGAUGUCAAGCUUCAAAUGAUGGAUAAGCUCACUUCUGAUCGCCUUCAUCUACAGAUCAUUCCUAUUGUAGGGAUGGGCGGCUCUGGUAAGACCACUCUUGCUAGAUCUAUUUAUGAAGAACGUCUUAUUAAGGACCAUUUUGAUAUUCGUGCGUGGGCUACCAUCUCUCAAGAAUAUGUCAUUAGAGAUAUUUUUGCAAGAUUCCUUCGUCAGUUAAAUAUUGAAGUUGAUGACGAUUUGAGUGAGGAUGAAUUAGGAGGAAAGUUGUAUAGGCAUCUGUAUGGUAGAAGAUACCUAAUUAUAAUGGAUGAUAUGUGGAGCAUUGAUGCAUGGAAUAGAGUUAGAAAUUAUUUUCCAAAAAACGAAAAUGGCAGCAGAAUAGUAGUAACAACUAGGCAAUCAGAUUUGGCUUCUAAAUUACCCAACUCUAAUAGCCUUGGGAUGGAACUUUUGGAUGAGGCUGAAAGUUGGAAGCUUCUAUCCAAAAUUGUGUUUGGGAAAGAAGGUUGCCCUCUUGAAUUGGAGGAAAUUGGAGAAAAUAUUGGAAAAAGCUGCAAAGGACUUCCGUUGUCAAUUGUUGUGGUGGGAGGCAUUUUGGCCAAGUCCAAACGUACAAGAGAGUGUUGGGAAGAGAUAGGGGAAAACUUGAAUGCAAGUGUCAUUAAUUUAGAGGAUGAUGAACGUUGCUUGAAAAUACUAUACAUGAGUUACAAGCAAUUGCCAAUACAUUUGAAACCAUGUUUUCUCUAUAUGGGAGUUUUUCCCGAAGAUGAGGAGAUUUUUAUCUCUGAGCUCAUUAAGUUUUGGGUUGCGGAAGGAUUUCUGAAACCUGUAAGAGGGAAAAGCUUGGAAGAGAUAGCAAAAGAGUGUUUAAAAGACCUUAUAGGUAGAAAUCUUGUUUUAAGGUCUACUCAAUAUACGAACUGCUGCCAAAUUCAUGACUUGUUGAGAGACUUGUGUUUGAGAGAAGCUGAAAACGAAAGGUUUUAUAAUACGACAUCAGAUAAUGUAGGCAUAAGCGUCUUGCCGCUUAUGUCACAAGCUCGUUCUUUGACAUGGAAUGUUCGACGAGAACUAUCACCUCUCUAUCUGAGCUUGUUGAGGAUAGUGAAAACACCUAGAACCGAAUGGUCCGAAGAAGAUUUAUUUGGACACAUGGAUCAAUUAGUUAACUCACGGUUCCUUCAAAUAGAAAUGUACAUAAGAAGAGAGGGGAAUUUUCCUUGUUCAAUAUGGCGAUUUUGGAAUCUACAAACACUAAUUGUUCACAUUGAUAGAGAGGUUAUUACUGCACCAACUGAUUUUUGGUACAUGCCUCACAUCAGGCAUGUUCAGUUCCUACGUCUUCGUCUGACAGAUCCUCCUAACGACCAAGAUGACAUUAUUUUGGGAAAUCUGCGAAGGCUUGGGACAGUAUUAGAUUUCAAGUGUAGCGAACAAGUAGUCAAAAAAAUUCGCAAUAUAAAAAAAUUGAUUUUUUAUAAUGGGGGAGAUGAUGAGAUGUAUUGUCUGAGCAAUCUUGACUGUCUAACUAAACUUGAGUCCUUAGAAUGCACUUUUUCUGGAAAAUGUGUAAUCAACUUUCCCCAUUCGCUCAAGAGAUUGAAUCUUCGUAGCGACGAAUCAAAGUUUUGGAGGCAAGACACAUUGGAUAUGAUAGGCGUGUUGCCCCAUCUUCAGAAGCUCACACUCUAUAAGGGGGUAUUCAACGAAGGGAAGUGGGAAACAAUUGAAGGCCAAUUUCUCACCCUCAAAUUCUUGAGUCUUGAGUGUUGCAGUAAUUUAGAAAUCUGGGAAAUUGAAAGCUCCCACUUUCCAUGCCUUGAGCACCUUCAUCUUCUUGGUCUAGAGAAAUUGCGGGAAAUCCCUUUAGAUUUCGCAGAAAUAUCCACACUUAGAGGAAUUGUUAUGGAAUAUUGUAGCGAUUCGGCUGUGGUUUCUGCAAAAAGAAUAUCAGAGGAACACGAGGACUAUUACGGGGUAGGAUCCCUUCAAGUUCUCGUUCACCUCAAUUAUGAGAACGAAGAAGGACUGGAGAGCUUGGAUAGUCCUAACUUUGGCGUUGAACGUUUCUGAUGAGAAUCACCACUACCAAGCAGUGCAGGUAGUGUGUGGGGAAAGCGCACAGCACAGAAUGAAAUGAAUUCAUUGAUGCGUAUGCUCUGUUUCUCUUUAUGUUUUGGCUUCUUUCUUUUCAAUUCUUAUUCACUGUUUCUCCUAUUUCUACUUGUUCAUUGGCAGCAUGUAUAAGUGAAAAACAAGUGGGGUGCUGCAACUGUUGUUUCACUCUUCCAUUCAGAUAGACAUGGAUCAGCUCAAACAGAGAGACACAGUUACCGAAUUAAUUGUUAUUAAGCCCACGUUUGGUUGGGUGUUUUUAGAGGUUGGAAAGGGAAUCAAGUAAUUGAAUCCAUUACUUGUUGUUUGGUAUGGAUAAUGAGAUAAUCAUUACCCUUACUUGAGGGUAACUCAAUCACCCAAUUUGUUACCCCUCAAAAUAGAGGGGAAACAAAAGAAAGGGAAUCACUUACUAAUGAUUCAUUUCCAUUGUUAAACCAAACACUCAAUAAAAGUAAUGAUUAUUGUUACCAUUCCACUCCUUUAUUUGAUUUCAUUCCCUUUUCAUUCAUCUACUUGAACCAAACG